AGAAAAAACACCAAAUGUAAACAAAAUAGUCAAAAAUUUCAAUGAAAUUGAAUAAAAAAUGCUUUCACAAAUUAGAAAAAUCCUUUUAAUGCAAAUAAGAACUGUGACAAAUAAAUCUAGACCUGUAGCGUUGAAAGCUAUGAAAAAGAAGUCGUCUAAUCAAGUGUCACAAUAUUUUAUAGACGAACGAUAUAUCAGAGCAAUUGGAGGAAAAGGUGGAGAUGGAUGCAUUUCAUUAUUACGUGUGUGGGCGAACGAAUUUGCUGGUCCCGAUGGUGGUGACGGUGGAAAUGGAGCUCAUGUUGUCUUAGAAGCAUCUACAGAUGUCAACGAUUUUAAACAUAUUUCUUCAGUGUUAGAAGCUCCUGAUGGUGAAAAUGGAAUGAAUAAAGAUUGUCAUGGAAAGAAUGCACCACAUAAAGUCGUUAGAGUUCCAAUUGGAACAAUUGUGAAGAAUAUUCGAGGAGAAGUUGUGGGAGACUUGGAGAAAGAAGGAGUCAUGUUUGUUGCUGCACGUGGUGGUGCAGGAGGAAAAGGAAAUCAUUUCUUUUCAACAAGUGUAAAUAAAACACCAGAAGUUUGUGAAUAUGGUGCAUCUGGCGAAGAUGUCGCAUACACAUUAGAAUUACGAAGCAUGGCACAUGUUGGAUUCAUUGGAUUACCAAAUGCUGGCAAAUCAACACUUCUUCGUAUGAUAACAAGAGCAAAACCUAAAAUUGCAUCAUAUCCAUUCACAACACUCAAACCACAUUUGGGAAUGAUUCCUUACGAUGAUUAUGAACAGAUUUCUGUAGCUGAUCUUCCUGGAUUGAUUUCAGGAUCAGCUGAUAAUCGUGGUCUAGGAAUUCAGUUUCUCAAACACGCUGAACGUUGUAAUACGCUUCUCUUUGUGAUAGAUGUGUCUUUAGAUGAGCCAUGGGAAGCUUAUUAUAUUUUAACUAACGAAAUUAACAAAUUCAGUGAGGAACUCAUGACACGGAAACAAAUAAUUGCAGCAAAUAAAAUCGACGAACCUGGCGCUGAAGAAAAUUUGAAAAUUCUUCGCGAAAAAUUCAGCCAUUUGACUGUGGUUGGUAUCAGUGCCAAGUUUGGUACAAAUAUUACUCAACUUUUAGAUGUCAUCAGAGAAAACUACGAUGAGCAAAUGGAAAGUGAAAAGUUAAGAAAGGAAAAAGAUGAAAUUUGAUGAAAAUUAUGGCGCAAUUAGCACUUUAUUUUAAAUAGCAUUCGGUUAAGAUAAAAACAAUGAUGAUAAAAAAUGAAAAAUUAAAAGAAAAAAAUUGUGUAAAAAUCAUUCAAAUGCAAAUCUUUUUCUUCUAAAUAUUUUAAUUCAAUUUUGAAGAGGCGAAUUUCUUAGCCAAUUCCAGUACUUCGUCGACUUUU